CCUCUCUUCCUUUCCGCGGGGUGGGGACGACACUCCCCAGGUUUAAAGUCCCAGUCCGCGCCCAGCGUUUCUGCACUUCGAACGACGGCUCCUGGGCGAUGGCUAUAGUGGAGGUGUCCGGGUACGACGAGUUCGUGAAGGCGGUGGAGCGCAAUAAGGGCAAGACCAUCUACGCCUACUUCACCGGCUCGAAGGAUGCCGACGGAGUGAGCUGGUGCCCGGACUGUGUAAGAGCUGAACCAGUAGUUCGUGCUGAAUUAGGUAAAAUGCCUGAAGGAUCUGUCUUCAUCUAUUGUCAAACAGGUACCAGACCAGAAUGGAAGGAUCUUAAAAACAAAUUUCGAACAGAACUGAAAAUCAAUGGAGUACCGACUCUUAUGAAAUAUGGCACACCUCAAAAGCUGGUUGAAGAGGAGCUAUUGAAGCCGGAACUUGUGCAAUUGCUCAUCACAGAAGACUGAACACUUCCUAAUUUUUGAAUCUUGAAAUCAUGUCCAAGCAUUCUACCUGAUUUAUCUUAUUGUUCUGGAUGAUCUUCCAUCAUUGAAUGCAAAUGAACUACAUUUCUAAUUUUGCCUUGUUUAAUUGGCUUCUAACAAAAGGAAAUCUGGUCAAGCACAGGUUGCAGAGACAAUGUAUUUAAAAUCAGAUGUUUUCCUGAUGUUCAAAAGAAUGUACACAAAGGAGAAAAAUAAUCUUAUUUAAUUUGCAAACGACUGGCAUUUAAAGUGAAAUUUGAAUCGAUAGUGUUUCAAGAGGUGGUAUGAACUGUUAUAUUCAUGGUUAAUUACUUUAACUGAAAAUUUCAUUCUGCUAAAUCUAACAUUCAGUUGUAUUUUAAUAUGGGGGAUGUCUCCAUAAGCAUUAUGGGUUUUUAAAUGGAGACAAGACUUCAGGUGCUGGAAUCUGGAGCAAAGAAGAAUCUGGUGGAUGACCUUAUGUUAAGCAGUAUCUGGGAUACGGGCUGAAUUGCUGUUUUAAGUUUUUGACCUAAAAUGUUAAUGAUUCCUAUUGAAUUUCUCCAGCAGAUUUUUUGUUUUGCUAAAUAGCAUGAACAGGGUUCUCAAGCAUGAUGUUUGAUCAUUUGUCUCUUACAUGCAAGAUGUAAUGAUACUGGAUGGCACAAUUAAUGUGCAGUGUGACCUUCAGUACCAUGGUGUUCUAUGCUGAGCAGAGAUUAGUGCAAGUAUUCACAGGCAAAAAUAUUUGCAAUGAAAUAUUUUGAUGUCAAAUCAAGGUAUUUUAAUAAACUAUUUGCAUCAGUGUUA